AGGGCCACCGACCGCACUCCAACUGCAGCAGGCUGGGCUGGGCUCCACACACACACUCACGCUCACACACACUCCCAGAGCCAGACACGCACCUCCAGCAGCCGGGGCAGGGAUGGCCUAGCUGGGUUGAGCAGUCAGUGGUCUGUCAGCGGUGAGCUACCUGGACCAGAGGAGGUGUCUCUGAGUGGCGCCGGCACUGUGCAGAGAUGAGCGUGACCUCUUGGUUCCUGGUGAGCAGCGGGGGGACUCGCCACCGGCUCCCCCGGGAAAUGAUCUUUGUGGGGCGGGAUGACUGCGAGCUCAUGCUGCAGUCUCGCAGCGUGGACAAGCAGCAUGCAGUCAUUAACUACGAGGCUGGGACCGACGAACACAAGGUCAAGGACCUGGGCAGCCUGAACGGGACAUUUGUGAAUGACGUCCGCAUUCAGGAGCAGAUGUACAUCACUCUGAAGAUGGAGGACAAGCUGAGGUUUGGAUAUGAUACCAACCUGUUCACGGUGGUGAGAGGAGAGCUCACAGUGCCCGAGGAAGCUCUCAAGCAUGAAAAAUUCACCAGUGGCCUUCAGCUAAGCAAGAAGCUUUCCAACGGCGACGCCACCACGGGAACGACCAAGUCUCCCACCAAGACGCCGACAAAGUCCCUGAAGUCCCCCAGUGGUGGCGGCCAUAAGCCGGUGGACAGCAGAGCAACAGACGGCCUCAGUUCCUCCAAAGAGCCAGCAGCUAAAUCUGCAGACGCUCACAAAGCAGAGGAGAGGAUCGGAGGCGACGUUGCGGCGCUGCCCCGCGGGACGCCGCUGUACGGCCAGCCGUCUUGGUGGGGGGAUGGGGACGCAGACGACGAGAAUUCCUUCAAACAGGAAAACAAAUCAUCCUCCAAAAAGCACGACAGCUCGGCGUCAGAGAGCAAAGAUUCCCGUCGCGGGGAGAAGACUAAGGAGGACGGCCUUCAUGCGUCCUCGGGCCACGAUUCCAGUUACUUUGAGAUUCCUACCAAGGAGGGUCACAUGGCCACUAAUGGUAUUCAUGAGAUCCCCACCAAGGACACAGAGGGUGCAGCGCCUCACAGCCACAUCGCAGCGCAAGGUCACGCCUCCUUCACCAUAGAGUUUGACAACACUUCUCCGGGGAAAGUCACCAUCAAAGACCAUGUGUCAAAGUUCACACCCGACCACCACAGACCUCGCUCCAAGAAGGGCGGGGCAGGAAGUGGAGGCGCAGGAGGGAGAGACCUGAGCACGCUGCAAGCCGCCAUGAUGGCGUCCGAGAGCAAGGUGGCUGAUUGGCUGGCGCAGAACGACCCCACUCUGGUGCGCAGCGAGUCAACGGAGGAGGACAGCAAGAGCAUCAAGAGUGACGUGCCAGUUCAUCUGAAAAGACUGAAAGGGAGCAAACAUGAAGAUGGUACUCAGAGUGACUCGGAGAACGGGCUCGGUCUGCGCUUCGCCAAUCGCCGCCAUGCCCUCGAGGAGCGCCUAAAAGCAGCACACGGCCAACAGGGAGGAGCAGGAGGAGGAGGAGGAGCAGGAGGGGGGAACGUAACCGUGAGCGGAAGUAAAGGAACUGGAACCCGCACUGCCUUCAUGAUCGAGUUCUACGACGAGGAAAACCCCCGGAAGCGCCGGUCCUAUUCGUUUUCCCAGACUGCACCGCUGCUCGGGGGCGGAGCCGGCGGGGAGGGCCUGUGUCCGCAGCCUCCGUCUCACCCCAAGGUCUUCAGCAUUUCCACUUCUGCCUCUACAGCCUCGGACUCAGGGAAAGUCCCUGCUCCAAUCCCAGCCACCGUGACGGCCGGAGCCCCCACGGCGGCCCGCGUGCUCCUCAAGCAGAGGUCCGAGGACCCGAGCAUCGGCCGGAGCUCGGCCAGCACCGGCCUGGCGACCGGCAGCCCCACCACGCCCAGCGAGGACGCCUCGGCGGGGGGCCGAGGGGCGGGGGCGGCGGGCGGGGAGGCGGAGGACGACCACAGCGAUAAGGGGACCUACACCAUCGAACUGGAGAACAGGAAUCCCGAGGAGGAGGAGGCCAGGCGCAUGAUCGACAAGGUGUUCGGUCUGCAGCCGAACUCAGCAGAUUCUUCACUUCUGUCGGAUUUGAAAGGAGAAGUAAAAGGGAAGAAGAAGACAGAGGAGCCUGGGAAAGAGGCUCUUCCCGGGGACUCGAGUUGGGUUUCUCAGUGGGCCAGCUUAGCUGCCAAUCACACCAGGACAGAUCCAGAAGGCUCCGGUGCAGAGACAGCCACAUUCCUGCACAAAGAGAGAGGGACUGAAGCCCAUGAAUCUGGUGCAUCUGUCAGCAGAGGUGAAUCCUCCUCCAGCCUGACUGACCGUAAACGCAGGACCCUCCCCCAGCUCCCCGUCGACGACCCCCGGGCUAAAUCCAGUCCCAAAGCUCUGCGGUCUGAGAUCGGGGAAAAACAGGACACCGAGCCGCCGGAGAAAGAGAACAAGGGAGACGGGGAGUCCCCGACUCCCGCGGAGGACGGUGAAAUGACCAGCAAACGGAAACAAAGCUCCACCUCCUCGCCAUCCAAGGCUCCUCUCCGGACCGCCAGUAGCUCAGAACGGAGGAAGAGAUCCGAGGAGAGGAACGGAGGAGGAGGAGAAGGAGAGAAGUCUGGGAAGCCUCUCGUCCGCCAGGGCAGCUUCACCAUCGAGAAGCCGAGCGCUAACGUCCCCACAGAGCUCAUCCCGCGCAUCAACCGCGGCGGCGGCGGCGGGCGUGAGCGCAGCGACUCCGUGGGCAGCAUGGACACGGCGACGCUGCUGAAAGACACCGAGGCCGUCAUGGCGUUCCUGGAGGCCAAGCUGAGAGACGAAAACAAGCUGGACCAGAAAGGCAGCAAGACCGGCAACACUCAGGGCUCCAGUUCUGGCUUCCCUCCCCGAACCGACUCCAUCUCUCCCGAGUCGGACGUGGACACGGCCAGCACCGCCAGCCACGUGGCCGGAGAGGCGGAGAGGAAGAGCAGCGGCGUGCAGAAGCGGCGCUCUCUCAGCAGCAUGCACCGGGAGAAGAGCAACAUGAGCACCGCGUCCAAGACCAGCAUCACCAGCGCCAGCGCCCGCGAGCGCCUGGAGAGGAAGACCAAAACCAGGACGGCCGAAACGAGCAGCCGGACCGACGCCCGCCGCUCCGGCCAGCCGUCCGCCUCCUCGAGAGCGCGGCAGCCCUCCCUAGAUCUCACCGACGACGACCAGACUUCGUCCUUCCCCAUUUCCGACAUCCUGUCGUCGGACCAGGAGACCUACUCCGGACCUCUGGGACUCGGACGCGGCUCAGAAGACGUCUCCCACUCUAAACUGGACAGCCGGUCCGCUAAAGCCAACAGCAGCUCCUCCAAAGGCAGCCGCACCGUGCAGGCGGCCACGGCCUCGUCCCUGAACAAGCAGGCCUCGCUGCCUCAGCCCCGGCCCACCAGGGCCUCGCUGCUCCGCCGGGCCCGGCUGGGGGACACCUCCGACACCGAUCUGGCCGACGCAGACCGGGUCUCCGUGGCGUCCGAGGUGUCCACCACCAGCUCCACCUCGAAGCCGCCGUCCGGCCGGAAGGGGAUGUCCCGGCUGGACCUGCUGGCCCAGCCGCGGAGGAACCGGGUGGGCUCCAUCUCGGCCCGCAGCGACUCCGAGUGCACGGUGUCCCGGACCUCCGCCUCCUCCACCCGCCUGUCGGCCGAGACCGCCCUGCGCCUGGGCCUGCGCUCGUCCACGCCCACCGAGAACCGGCUGACCCCCCGGAUGAGAGCCAACAGCGUGUCCAAACUGAACGAGGCCAAGUCGAAGACCACCACGUCCGGAUACUCCUCCCCCACAGAGAGCUCUCAGCCCGAACCUGCAGCUGAUGAUGCAGACGAAGAGCUGAUGGUGUCCAGCAGCAGCAGGUGGAGGCGCCUGCCGCCGGAGUACGGCUCCACCUCCGAGGAAGAGUUCGGCUCCAGUCGGAAUUCUCCAAAGCACGGCGGACGCCCUCACGUGCGCCCUCAUCACCUCGUCCCGCACCGCGGCCCCAGAAUCGGCGCCGCCGCCGCCACGGCCCCCGGCGGCCCGACGGGUCCCGGUGGAGCCGGGAUCAAACAUCGCAUGAAAGAGCAAGAGGAGUACAUCAGGGACUGGACGGCUCACAGCGAAGAGAUAGCCAGGUUAUUCCCCUGUGUGCGCAGGAUCAGCCAGGACCUGGCUAAGGACCUGGCCAUCUUGGCCCGCGAAAUCCACGACGUGGCCGGCGAGAUCGACUCGGUCAGCUCCUCCGGCACGGCGCCCAGCACCACCGUCAGCACCGCCGCCACCACCCCGGGAUCCGCUAUCGACACCCGGGAAGAGGUAGGCCCUGCACGUCCCACGCAGCCGGACAUACAGGAGAGCAUGAAAAAGCUAGUGGAUCGGGUGUUUGACGAGAGCCUCAACUUCAGAAAGAUCCCGCCCGUGAUUUCCACCGCUAAGCCCCCAGAGAUCAACGGGAAAGCGGUGGAGCUCCGCCCUCGCGCUCCAGACAGCCUGGAGCCUCGAGCCUUGAGGAGGCGCACCUGGAAUCGAGAAGACGCGGUGUUGGACAGCCUGCUGCUUCACUCAGUUUCUCAGCUGUCCUCCAAGAUCAGACACUCUGUCGACAAAACAGCAGGAAAAAUCAGGAUUUUGUUCAAGGAUAAAGACAGGAACUGGGAUGAAAUAGAGAAUAAACUGAGAUCAGAGAGUGAAGUGCCUCUCCUCAAAACCUCCAACAAGGAAAUCUCUGCGAUUCUGCUUGAACUGAAGAGAGUGGAGAAACAGCUACAAGUGAUCAAUGUGAUGGUGGACCCAGACGGGACUCUGGAUGCCUUGGCCAGUCUCGGACUGCCCAGCCCAACCACCCCAACCAAGCCCCAAACCGCCAAAACCACGUCCCCCACCGCCACCAGCCCCGGCUCCGCCCCCUCAGCCAAAGAGCCUCUGCCGGAGAUCCUUCCUGUGCCCGGAGGUCCGGCGGCCUCCCCCCGGGUUCACGCCUCCGCCGGCGCCGAGGAGAACGCACGAGACGCCGGCAAGGCGCUGGGACUAGGGCUGCCCUUCAGCCGCAUGCGCCCGAGCGGAGAGGAGGCCGUCGCUCAGAAGUGAGCGGGACGUUUCUGUGAAUAAACAGGAGUGCAUUGCAGUGCAGGUGGAAGGUGACUGACGAGACCGCUGUAGGAACAUUCAGACUGGUUUUACCGCGGCGCCGUGACCGCUCCGCUGCUGACGCCACUCCGGAUGAUGGAUAUUAUCACACGUGUCAUUUAGCAAGAGUUGCUCCAAACGACCUUUAGACUCUCAUCUCAUCUCCAACUGAUGAAUCACGGACGCAACCUCAAACGGAAACUGACCCUUGAAUGAUUUUUAUUACACUCACGAUAACAUUUCAGCUUAAAAAGUGUCCCUGCUCGCCGGGCGGGCACGUCUCUGUGCUCGUACAGUCUCCCCCGGUCCUUCUGCCUUCUCCACGUGUCUGGACCCUCCCCAAACUGACGGACAUGCCUUAAAAACACAUCCUCCAUUGUAGCAACGUCAAACCCCCUCGAGACAACUUUAACAAAGUCCCUUCAGACGAGCAGAAUGCAUCAGUUCUGUUUACACUCUAAUAAAGACAAAACACUGCAGUUUUUUUUUUUUAUUUAAUCACUUAGUCUGUGAAUAUUUUACCACACAAGCAUAAAAAAACACUGUAAAAGGGUCUCACCAGUCAAACAGAUGCAGUCUUUUUGUAUGUUUUAAACAUUUCUUGAACUAUUUUGUAGUGCCUUCCCAUCUGCGUCCCCUCCACCAGUCAUGAUCCACUCAUCAGCCUCUUCUCUCUCACUGCAGACGUAGCAACGACCGAGCUGCAACAACGAGUCCGUAUCGGUCACACUGAUACCCAGCGAUGGUUUUCACCCAGAAUUCAGCCAAUGAUCACCCUCACUUAACCAAAGCCACCCUUAAACUGAAGAGCCAUCUUGAAAUUCAUCUGUUGUGCAAAACCUUUGUUCAAGUGUGGAGUAAAUUCCUCAGCCAUUCGCUACUUUACCUGUUUUCGGCAAAUCCCGCUGAAACUCCCAACUUUCCCUCCACCGCCUCCUUCCUCUGAACUUCAUAUUCCUCUGAAUGUUAAAGCCUGUUUUCUGUCAAAUCAAAGAUUUCUCAAGCUUCUUCACCAGAAUGAAACACUUUUUUAAACAUUGCUGACACCUCUUAGGCCACAUGACAAAGUCUGAGAAUCGGUGCCCUCGUCAUUUUGUGCUACACUGAAGUGUCUUAUGAUUUCCAAUUGGAUAUUUUUCUAUUUUCUACCGCAGUUCUGGACGACGAGGCUUCUUUCACAACAUUUCAAGUUGUUUCAACACCGGUGUUUUGUAAUUUUUUUGGAUACUGGUAUUGCGUACUUUUUAAUGUGCUUGUUGCUCAAGUACGCGUCAGUUCUGUGCACGAUGAAGCUGCUGGGGUUUGUUUUUAAAAGAGAAACUCACAAGGUGGCCUUUUUUUUUUCGGUUCAAAAUGGGUAAACUUGUGUUUUCUAGUUUUUGCUAAUGAAGCAGCUGUGUAUCAGUGUGUUCACACCGCAAGUUCUGUUUUCUUGUCACCGUGGGGAAAGUCUCAGCCCACUCAUGCAGUAGAAGGUCAGAUGGAAUAAUUACCUUGAUUUUGGGCGACCAGAUUCUGACUCUCUUCAGCUGAUAGUUUGUGUUCAAAAGGCAGCGUGUUAGUCCAUAGAAAUCCUCUUGCAAUAGUGAAUUUAGGUACAUGUCCAGUAACUUUGCUCUAUACUGUACUGUACAGUGUUUUCCAACGCCUCAAAGUGCCCGUUUUCACGAUAUUAGGGCGUAAAAAGUAGA